UAGCUUACCUAUAAUGGGGUGGUACGUCCUAAACCAAGAUGGCUGCCCCCAUGUAGCUGGAUUGCUUUUCAGUUCCCUUUUCUGACUUGAACGGUUAAGUUACGGUUUGUCAAAAUGAGUUCACAGAGAGGAAAUGUUGCGCGUUCACGCCCGCAGAAGUACAAGAAUUCAAAGGCUUUCAAGAACAACUUGCACGAUCAGAGUCAGAAGACGAAGAAGCUGAACGCCAUGGUGGUGGGAGGACUGUGCCCACACUGCAAAUCCGUCAUCGACUGGAAGAUUAAAUACAAGAAGUACAAACCACUGUCUCAACCCAAGAAAUGUGUCAGGUGUGAACAGAAGACUGUCAAACAGGCCUACACCAUCAUGUGUAUGCCAUGUGCAAGGACUGCUGGUGUGUGUGCUAAGUGUGGUAAGAGUGAGGAGGUGGUGACACCAGCCACCCUGUCUCCAGCAGAGGAGGCUGCCAGGGAUGCUGAGCUCCAGCAGGAGUUGAAGUUCAUGUCUGAGAGGCAGCGUAGGACCUUCAUGCGCUGUGUGGAGAAGGGAGGGGAUGUAGACAGAAAACCCUCAGCUGGGGAUAACACAGAGGAUAGUGAAGAUGACAGCAGUGAUGAUUUAGAAGAGGAAAAGGUUCUUCAAAACCCAGACAGUGUUUCAGAUGGGGAUUUGGUUGCUAAAGAUGGGAAAAGUACUGAAAACUCUGGAGAUACAGGUCAGCAGGGCAACUUGGCAGAUAGAGAAGAUAUGGCAGCAGGCAUUGACAAUGCUGUGGAAAAAUGUGAACAACUUUCUAUAUGAAAGAGGGUAGUAACUUUGUCUAUUUUUGAAGAAUUUCAAUCUUUUCCAUCAAUGUCUAUUUGUGCGACCUAGAAUUUUUUGCCCUUCCAGUUAAUAAAAAGACAAAGUUGUCAAAUGUUAAGGAAACUUUGUUAUGUAUGUACCAAAUACUUCCAAGAAUACAGAGCUUUACAAUAUUUCUUGGUUCCUACCUUACCAUUUUGAAUAUGUCAAUGAGCAGAUAGUAUUUGGCAUUUUGUGGCAAUUAUUUAGACGUUCCUUUUCAUGUAAGUGAUACUAUACGGUCUAUACCAGACUAACUGGUUAGUGAAGUGCCAUAACAAUGUCAUAUACGAGUACAUCUUUUGCCGAUCUUUGUUAUUUUCAUUGAGGAAAUACUUCAUGUCAGAUGCCACAAAGCCAUCACAUAUUUAAUCAUUUAUAUAAAUGCUAAUAAAAAGUGUCAACAAAGGUUACAAUCAAGAAAGACUUUAAUCAAUAAUACUUUUUUUC